AUGUGCGACUCACCAGAAAAUCACCAGGCUCGUCUGCGAAGUUUGGAAGAGUUGACGGAGUUCACCGAGAACUGCCAGAGACAACUGAAUGAGCUGUUCGAGACGCUGGGAUGGAGACAGAACCACGAUAACGGCCCAGUUCAGGCUGAGAUGUAUGACCCCUCUCUGUGUUAUGAGAAUGCCAGCAUUACCAGCUUCACAAUGGACAAACACACACAGCAACAAGUGAUUUUUCAAGCAAGAGCAAGUGCACCGCCAAUUAGGACAGAGGGACUGUACAGCCAAAGUGAAUACUCCACAGACCCUACAGAAGUUCCUCAGAACCAGAAGCGAGCUAUCUGUGACCUUACUGUGGCAGACCGAUUGGCUCUUUUUGAUCACGUGACAAGGGAGGGCAUCAAACAGAAGGAUCAAGCUGUUGCAACCAACAACGAGGACCUUUAUGUUGAUUUGGUGGCCAAGCUCAAAAAGGGUAACGAUCAGAACGAGCACAAGUCUCACCUGGAGCUGAUGGCUGAGAUGAGGGACUACAAGAGACGGCGGCAGUCUUACAGAGCCAAGAGCGUCCAUAACACCAAGAAGUCCUACACUGAGGUGAUUCGGGAUGUGAUUAAUGUCCACUCUGUUGAACUGUCAGUCAGUGAGGAGAGGAAGGAAGAGGUUAGAGAGUCCAAACACGGCCCUCACAGGAGAAGUUCUGAGGACAGGCGGUCUGCCUCCAUAGAGUCCCGCCAAUCUCACGCCAGCUCCAGGGAUGGACACGUCUCCCACCACAAACGCCACCGCAGUGAAGAGCGCAGAAAAGACCCCAGCCCAGAGCAGGGCCAGGGGCGCAGCCGAGAGAAGGAGCGCAAGAAGAAGAGAAAGAGGGAUUCCUGCUCGCCGGAUGAGAGACCUCAUGAUCGAAAGAAGAAAAAUAAGAAGAAAAAGGAAGAGAAGUGAUUUUCAAGUUUAGUACUUUGGCUUGGAAAACCAGAGAUUAGGUCAAGGAGCCAACCAAAGCUACGAUCCAAUGUUCAUAAUAGCGUACCACUUAGAAUGUACGCCUUCAUACUAAGUGCCCAAUUCAUGGCUUCAUACUAAGUGGUAUGCGUGUGUAGAAAUUGUAGUUUGACUCACAGACAAAUCUUUCUUUGAUGUAAUCUAAUGAUGAUAUUUUAAAGCAACAGUGCAGCUUUAAACAACUGUCUUCAACUAGAGAGGUUAUUAAAUGCCUGUUGUAUUAGAUUACAGAAUGUAAAUAAACUGUUAGAACACGA